UACACCGAAUUAGUCUUUUUACACACGAGAUAUAGCAGUGUAGUGCUGUGGUUGAGCCGCUAAAGUUAACAUCAGGAUAAUGGGCAAUGAAGACGAACGAACUUUUUUGCAAAAGGCCAGCGGACAGUGGAAUGACUUUAGGACAUUUUUGUGGAACAAAAAUGAAAAAACAGUGUUGGGAAGAAAUGGAAAAAGUUGGGCACAAAUCGGGUUGUUCUAUCUAGUGUUCUACACAUGUCUAGCAGUGUUUUGGGCAAUUAUGUUAAUAGUUUUUCUGCAAACAAUAACAGACGACCAACCUAAAUUUAAGUCCUAUAUUGGAACUCCAGGAUUGUAUCAGAUACCUAAAUUUUCAGAGAAGUUGAAUCCCAUCAAAUUCGACGUGCAAAAUGAGAAAACCUAUUUGGGGUAUGUCAAAGAGUUACAGACGGUAUAUGACGAAUAUCUAGAGAGAAAUGGUAAUGGAAACUACAGCAGUUGUGUCGGUAAUGAAAUUCGUGAUUUUGAUGGUGUUCGGGAAGAAAUAUGUGAAUUUGACAUUGAAGAACAAUUUGGAGAUGUAUGCAAACCACCACAUUUUGGAUAUAAAUUCGGAAAACCAUGCAUAUUCGUCGGCUUGAAUAGGGUCUGGGGUUGGAAGCCAGAAAAUUAUCCAAGUGAUGGUAUACCAGAUGCGAUUAAAAAGACACACGAAGAGAACUUCAUAACUGUCGCAUGUCAAGUUUAUAAAGAUGCACAGACACUCCUAAACAGUACCAUGAUUGCACCAGUGCCUGGAUUCUCAUUUAAAUACUAUCCAUUCUUGGGUGCCAUCAAUGAUAAUUACAAGGAUAUGUAUGUUUCUCCUCUAGUCGCAAUCCAGUUUGACCUGAGUGUAAAGAACAGGGAGGUACGUCUAGUCUGCCAGAGCUAUGCUGCCAACAUCGAGCCUGGCAAUGGAUUGUUUGAUACUAGUUAUCGAUCUGAGCUCCGCAUUGAUAUGACCAUCACUGAUAAAUCAUAGUGACCAGCUCAAGUUUUGUUGGAAUGUCUAGUAUUUGGUUGGUAAUGAUUUGAAACGAGAAGCACUAUACAUUUUUUGUCAUCUGGAAUGCUAAAACGAUUUAUCAGAUGAAGUUGUCCCAUUAUAUACCAAAUGUAUCCUCAUUUUACAUCCUAUGUACCCCUGUUUUAAGUGAAUAUACCUUCUUUACUUAACCCUCCCCCUCCCGAAAAAAAUUCAGAUCUUGUAGGUUAAAUCUAUGCAGAAUGAGAGGAAUGAGGGAUAUUAACCUUGUAUAGAGAGUUGGUCUUAUUUUGAAAAUUACCUCAAUUUCUUUUGAGAAUAUAUUAAAAAAUAUUGGAUUAUAAUCUAUGUAAGGUUGAAUAUGGAUUCCACCAUGUUUUGGUGUUUAAUAUGCGAUUUAAUAAAUAAAUAAAUAAACACAUCCUGUUCUUGUAUGUAGUUUUAAAAAAAUCUUGAUUAUAAAAUUGUAGCAAGAUAAGUGUAAAAAAAAAACCAUAUUGGUAUCAUAAUAAAUCUUGUUGUUCCCAUAAAACUGGUAUCUAAAUAUAUAAUUUUAUAUGGACGUGUUAAUAAUCAGCAUUUUUAGAGUAGACUGACGUAGGCUAGGUUCGAAUUCCCCGAAAAUCCAAUUCAGAAAUUUCUUUAAACCAUACAUUUUUUUACAAACUUUAAUCAUUUCGUAUGAUGUUGGUUAAAAUUGUGUAGAUUUUAGAAUUUAGAUAAAAUAAAUAAAUUGAAGAACCAUCAAUUUUCGGUGCGUGAAUGAAACACUAUAAUACCCAGCCAGUGACUGUUGUAUAUGGUAUAUGAUUACAGUUAAAAUAAAACCCGAAAUAGUUGUGAGAUGUAUACAUUUUUGGAAAAAUAGGCUCAAAGUGUUUAAAAAAUAGGUGUUGUAUGGCAAUAUGUAUUAAGUGUUAGGAAAUCUCACCAAUUAUCAGUCAAGAUAAAAUAAUGACACUCAGGAUUGUAAAACCCCACUUAAAUUGAAACUAGAUAAAGGACAUAACAAAAUGGUUUGACAGAUCUACUGUGUUUCACAUUAGUAUUGAUUUACUGUUAGUUAGUGAAUUUUCUUGAGUGAUAAACAAUUGUGUUCAAAUUGUGUGCUGAAAGGAAUGGAAAACACUAUAUCAUUGUUGUGAAAGUUGCAAGCCAGCAUUCUGUAGGGGUUUGGUUCCCCUUCUUGUAGAGUUGCCGUUUCAGAAAUAUGGUCUACUUAACACCUGCACAUGGUAUGAAAUUAUCUAGGCUUGGCUGUACCCCUUGCUGUAGUGACUGUUUUAAUGAAACAGUGUUCUAUAUACAGUAAGUGCAUACCCUGUGUACGUUGGUCAUCAAUUAAGCGAACUGAUUUAACUUAAGCUCUUUGUACACUUUCAUGUGAAAAAUAUUUCUGAUUUUCUGCCAUAUGUGUGUGAUAUGACAUCAUUUACAUAUGGGUGUGAUUAUGACAUCAACUUGCCUAUAUAUGGGUGUUAUACCAAAGGUCUGGGUACACUCAUAUAUGGAUGUGAUAUGACAUCAUCAUGCCCAUAUAAGGGUGUGAUUAUGACAUCAAGUUGCCUAUUUAUGGGUGUUGUGAUAAAUGUCUGGUUACACCCCAUAUAUGGGUGUGAUAUGACAUUGUUAUGCUCACAUAUGAGUAUGAUUUGAUAUGAUCAUGUCCAUGGUCAAAUCUCACACUGAAAUGAGGCUGAUAGUACAAAUAUAUAAUUUACUGCUUUGUACAUCUUACUGAGUGUAAUUUUUAACUUUUCAGUUGAUUUCUACUUAUGGUAGAUUUGCCCUGUCAACGAUGCUCAGUAGCAGUAUAAUAUGGUGGUAUAGUUUUUUGAUGUGCCCUAGUUCUGUAUAAACUGCACCCGGAUGUAGUGAUCACCCUCCGUUUAGAGACGAAAUAAUCACCGUUGGUUGGUUUUCCCCGACACGUGUCAGGCUCAGAACAAAACGCCUAUUAUUUUACGUCGUAACAGAAUCACUAGCUUCGUACAUAUUCUUUUUUGACAGUUUUUAUGUCUUUCUUAAUGUACGAGUACAACGUAGAAAACUAGUAAAUACUAACACUAACACGGUAUUGUAUCUUCAAGGCGUUCCUCUUUCCUUCUGGUUUGUUACAAGUCUGAAGAUUGAUUUUAGAAAUAAUAAAUAUCACAACCAAA